AGCUUAGAUACUGACAAGCCCAUGGAACCAGUAAAAAGAUCUCCUCUUCGUCAGGAAACAAAUAUGGCCAAUUUUUCUUAUCGCUUCUCCAUAUACAACUUGAAUGAAGCUCUGAAUCAGGGAGAAACUGUGGAUCUGGAUGCCCUGAUGGCCGAUCUUUGCUCAAUAGAGCAGGAGCUCAGCAGUAUUGGUGCAGGAAAUAGUAAGCGUCAAAUCACAGAAACAAAAGCUACUCAGAAAUUACCUGCUAGCCGACAUACAACAAAACAUGGCACUUUGAAAGGAUUGUCUUCUUCAUCUAACAGAAUAACUAAAGCAUCACAUGCCAACUACUCCCUGGAUGACAUCACUGCACAGUUAGAGCAGGCUUCCUUGAGCAUGGAUGAGGCUGCUCAGCAAUCUGUUCCAGAAGACACUAAGCCCUUAGUAACUAAUCAGCACAGAAGAACAGCAUCAGCAGGCACAGUGAGUGAUGCAGACGUGCGCUCUAUUAGUAACUCCUCUCGUUCUAGCAUCACCUCCGCAACGUCUAGCAUGGACUCAUUGGAUAUUGAUAAAGUAACACGCCCUCAAGAGCUGGAUUUGACACAUCAGGGGCAACCAAUUACUGAGGAAGAACAGGCAGCAAAAUUGAAAGCUGAGAAGAUCAGAGUUGCCCUGGAGAAAAUUAAAGAGGCUCAAGUGAAAAAGUUGGUGAUCAGAGUUCAUAUGUCUGACGACAGUUCUAAAACAAUGAUGGUGGAUGAGAGGCAGACGGUGAGGCAAGUGCUGGACAACCUAAUGGACAAGUCCCACUGCGGUUAUAGUUUAGACUGGUCACUUGUAGAAACCAUCUCUGAAUUACAGAUGGAGAGAAUCUUUGAAGACCAUGAAAACUUGGUUGAAAAUCUUCUUAAUUGGACAAGAGAUAGCCAAAACAAGCUCAUAUUUAUGGAACGUAUAGAAAAAUAUGCACUUUUCAAAAACCCACAGAAUUAUCUUCUGGGGAAAAAGGAAACCGCUGAGAUGGCAGAUAGAAAUAAAGAAGUGCUGUUGGAGGAAUGUUUUUGUGGAAGUUCUGUAACUGUACCAGAAAUUGAAGGAGUCCUGUGGCUGAAAGAUGAUGGCAAAAAGUCCUGGAAAAAGCGUUAUUUUCUCUUGCGAGCAUCUGGCAUCUACUAUGUCCCUAAAGGAAAAGCAAAGGUCUCUCGAGAACUGGUGUGCUUUCUCCAACUGGAUCAUGUCAAUGUUUAUUAUGGACAGGACUAUCGGAACAAAUACAAAGCACCCACAGAUUAUUGUCUGGUGCUAAAGCACCCGCAGAUUCAGAAGAAAUCUCAGUAUAUCAAGUACCUUUGUUGUGAUGAUGUGAGGACCCUGCAUCAGUGGGUCAAUGGUAUUCGCAUUGCAAAGUAUGGGAAACAGCUCUACAUGAACUAUCAAGAAGCCUUGAAGAGGACAGAGUCAGCUUACGAUUGGACUUCCUUAUCCAGCUCCAGCAUUAAAUCAGGAUCCAGUUCUUCAAGCAUCCCAGAGUCGCAGUCAAACCAUUCGAACCAGUCUGACAGUGGAGUGUCUGACACUCAGCCAGCAGGACAUGUCCGCUCCCAGAGCAUUGUGAGCUCCAUUUUCUCUGAAGCCUGGAAACGGGGCACUCAGUUAGAAGAGUCCAGCAAGGCCAGAAUGGAGUCUAUGAAUCGACCCUACACUUCACUUAUGCCCCCUUUAUCCCCACAGCCCAAGUUGGUCACCCCCUACACUGCCUCACAGCCUUCCCCGCCUCUGCCACCCCCGCCCCCUCCCCCACCUCCUCCCCCGCCCCCUCCCCCGCCCCCUCCUCCUCCCCUGCCCAGCCAGUCUGCACCUUCUGCAGGCUCAGCAGCCACGAUGUUCGUCAAGUACAGCACAAUAACCAGGCUGCAGAACGCCUCUCAGCACUCAGGAGCCCUAUUCAAGCCUCCACCACCCUCAGUGGUACAGUCUCUGGCCUCCUCCCCGCAGUCAGGAAAGCCUCAGAUCCCGGUGCCCCCCAAUGGAGUCGUUCCCCCGCCCCCUCCUCCGCCCCCACCCCCCACCCCGGGCUCCGCUAUGGCCCAGCUAAAACCCGUGCCCUGCACCCCAUCCCUCCCACAGUUCAGCCCUCCACCUCCUCCGCUGAAGAUCCAUCACGUACAGCAUGCCACUCAAAUGGCCCCUCCCACGCCUCCACCACCACCUCCUGCCCCCGCACCCCUCCCUCCCCAGGCACCCCCCAAACCUCUUGUGACUGUGCCCCCGCCAGCCAGCACCAAGACCGUGCCACCUGUCAUGACACAGGCUGUGCCACCUACACCUACUCCUCCGGCUCCCCCGGCAAAAAAGCAGCCAGCUUUUCCAGUUUCCCACAUUCCACCCUCUCCCCCUGCUCCUCCAGGCCCAGUGCCGCCACCCACCUUACCCAAGCAGCAGAGCUUCUGUGUAAAGCCGCCUCCCUCCCCGCUGUCUCCGGUGCCCUCGGUAGUGAAACAGAUAGCCAGCCAGUUCCCUCCCCCCCCAGCCCCUCCUCACGUGGAGUCACAGCCCUUAAAGCACCCUGCGGCAAGUGUGGCCCCUCAGUCCCCUCCUGCUGUAAAAGCAAAACCCAAGUGGCAGCCCAGCUCCAUCCCUGUCCCUUCCCCGGAUUUCCCUCCUCCUCCACCCGAGAGCAGCCUGGUGUUUCCUCCGCCCCCGCCUCCGCCUCCGCCGCCGCCGCCGCCUCCUCCACCGCUGGCCCCGGCCCCGCCGCCACUGCCAGCCACUCCCACCGCUUCUCCCGCCUCGGCUUCCGACAAAAGUGCAUCUCCAGGCAAAAAGACCAGUAAGACGUCCAGCCCCGGGGCCAAGAAACCUCCCCCAACCCCUCAGCGCAACUCCAGCAUUAAGUCCAGCAGUUGCGCAGAGCACCCUGAGCCCAAGAGACCCUCCGUAGACAGUCUAGUGAGCAAAUUUGCAUCGCCAGCAGAACCGUCGGGGUCUCCCAGCAAAGAGACCCCAGCACCUCCGGCAGCGCCCCCCAAACCUGGAAAACUGAAUCUUUCUGGAGUUAACCUCCCCGGAGUUCUCCAGCAAGGAUGUGUAUCAGCAAAAGUAUCCGUUCUGAGUGGGCGUGGAAAAGACUCCGUGGUAGAAUUUCCUUCUCCUCCAUCUGAUUCCGACUUUCCGCCUCCUCCACCUGAAAUAGAGCUUCCUCUGCCGCCCAUAGAAAUUCCAGCAGUAUUCUCCGGAAACACCUCUCCAAAAGUGGCAGUCGUCAAUCCUCAACCACAGCCAUGGUCCAAAACUUCCGUGAAGAAGGCCCCUCCACCCACACGACCCAAACGGAAUGACAGCACCCGCCUCACUCAAGCAGAGAUCUCUGAGCAGCCAGCAAUGGCCACAGUUGUGCCGCAAGUGCCCACUUCUCCCAAAUCCAGCCUUAGUGUCCAGCCUGGAUUCCUAGCUGACCUCAACAGGACACUGCAACGGAAGUCCAUCACCCGGCAUGGCUCGCUCUCAUCCUCCCGCAUGUCCAGAGCAGAACCCACAGCCACCAUGGAUGAUAUGGCAUUGCCCCCACCUCCCCCUGAACUGCUUUCUGAUCAACAGAAAGCUGGUUAUGGAGGCAGUCAUAUAUCGGGCUAUGCAACCUUGCGGAGAGGACCCCCUCCUGCUCCCCCCAAAAGAGACCAGAAUACCAAGCUCUCAAGAGACUGGUAGUAGCUACCAUAGGACUUUAUUUUCAUGGUAUCUGUAAUCAGUUCUACAAUCAGCUCACCUGAUCACCUAUGAAUUCUGGUGUUCAGAGCCUCCUAGUAUGAUGUUGUUGUUAUUCAGGUAGUAUCCAGCUAUAUGUGUGUGUACAUGUACGUAGGCACACAUAGCUAUACACAUAUAGUGUAUGUGUAUGUAUAUAUAUAUAUGUAUACAUAUGUGUGUGUGUAUAUAUAUAUAUAGCUGAGAGUGAGUCUAUUUAUUCCUUUUCUCUCCUAAUCUGAAAAUAGGUUUGUGUAUCUUGGGUGGAAGAGUCCUGGAAGGGGAUGUGUGUCCUGUCCCGUAUGAUUUCUAUUAUCUGUCAUGUGGAGUGGACCAAAACUUAUAAUGACUUAUUUAGAAGGCAUUUUAUUAAGUGUCCAUGCACAGCCUGACUGUGCACGUUGUGUAUUAUAUCUUAAGGAAUAGAUGUCCUAUGUGCUCUUUCUCAAUUUGAGAAGACAACAGAAUGUUUGGUGUAUCAGUGGGGCUUUUGUGUUUGUUUUUUCCCCAUUUGGCUGAAGUUCGAACUGCUUGACUGACACUUCAUGACUAUACAUGAAGGGGCACUUUAAAUCAGGAGACUCUGUCAGCAUCACGGACGAAGAGCACAGUAUGGGGAAGUUUUCACAGACCCUGUCAUCUGUCCAUGCGUGUGCAUAGGAAGUAAAUAUGUGAUGUAACCAAACCAUUCUAGUUGCAGUAUUGCUGCCACGAUCCCACCUGUAUCUAGGACGUGUUGUGUCACAGGUAAGCUCUGCCUACCAUACAUGGAUAAUUUAGUACUAUAAUCCCAGGUAGUUCUUUUUGUACUGUUGGAAUCUUUUUCAUGAGCUUUGCGAAGCCUCAUCAAGCUUGGCUUCCUGAUCCUUGCUUUGAUUUGUUGUGAGAGAAUGUCUGACACAAUCCCCUGGAAUGCUCCAUCCCACCAGUUAUAGUGUGUGCUUUAGGUAAGAUGUUGAUAGUAGGUAUCUGUAGACAGUUGCUCUAUCAAGUAUACACAUCCCAUGUCCAAAGUAGUGCAUCAUUACAAAAAACAAAAUUACCUUCUGAAAUGCGUAUGUUUUGUGCGUUGCUCUAGGAUGGGUGAUUAGGAAAGAACAGAACUGGCCCUUGUGCAGGUAUCACUAAUCAGGUUGUACAUGGAUUGUAGUGCAUAACAAAGAAUUCAUUUAAGUAUGGGACUGCCCUACAGGGAGGGAAAAGUAUAAAUGAGGUUUUUGAUGAUUUCAUCCUUAGCUACCAGAGUGCACUAGGAUUCUUGCUUGUCGUAGCUUGGUUGUGGAGAUCUGUCCAGGUUAACCAGGUGUUCUGAUGGAGUGGUGUAGUCUGAAGUGACAUUACAUAUUUUGCAUGUGCAGUUUGGUAUAACAUGGAAUCGUUGCUCUCAUCACACACUACAAUUCUGUAUGCUUCACAGUAUACUUAUGCUUUUUUUUCGUCCUGUGAGUUUUCCUUGAUAUGUGAAAUAUGUACUGUCUCAUUAACUUAUGAUGAUAAAGUGACCAUUACAAAUAAAAUGCAAUCUCAGAGCUGCUCAUAUACAAAAGAAUAAAAACUAGCCAACCCAGCAGUGAUAAGUGAGCACAUCUUGUAAUGAAAAUCUCUACCUGUUGUGAAUAAGGAUUACCGGUGCAAAAUAAGGAUUGUCCCAUAAGGAUAAAGUGGUAUCAUAGCAGUGGGGGCAGAGAUAGUUAAUAACUCAAGAAUAAGCAAAAGUUGUACUGUAUACCUAAGAUAUUCCUGUAAACCCACCUCCAGAAAAGCAUGGCACCAGAGGGGACAUGAAGUGGCACCUCACCAUUGCCACAUCACCAGGAUAUCAUUCUGCAUAUUCAUGUGCUUACAGAGCAAUAAGAGUAUGUACCUUUGUGCAUUUUUUAAAGCCCUGCUUCUUUAAAAGAUAUUUUGGACUUUUUCAUUUGUUCUCAAAGUUCUCUGUGCUUGAUAUCCUUAGCUUAUGAAGUGACCUUUAACACAUCUGCACUGUUAUAUGUAAGUACGCACAGCGGUUUGGGUAAUGGUUGAGUACAGAUCGCUAUGCUGCACUGUCACUUACCAGUGAAGGAAUUUCCCAUUGUGUUCUGCCUGCAGCUUUAUAUUCUAAGGAUCACUCUUAUUUGUGGGGGAAAGUUAUUAUGAAUCCAAUGGCAUAGGGUCAUUGGACUAGGGUUUUUGUUGUGGUCAUGUCAUGAUGGCCUUUUUUUUUUUUUUAAAUGGAAGUGGACUUCAACUUUCCUUGAGGGGAAAAAACAACGUGCCCUCAAUCCUCUUUUACCCAUGAUUUGAGCCCUAGGAUACGGCCUCUGUUUAGUCAUUGUAGGAUUCCCUAGGACUUCUUGCUUAUGUUAGUCUUGAUAGUCAUCCUGAACCGAUGGUUCCAGCAUGAUCACUUUCCUGAAAGAGCAGCCAUCCUUUAGAACGUUCCCGGCACCGAGCAGAGAGCAGGGCCAGAGGAGGAACUCUCAUUCUUACCCCAAUCCAAUGGCUAGUCUACAACAGGCUAUUUUCCUUUACCUUUCUCCAAACACAGAGAAGGCUAUUCAUCUUUUCCCCCUUUGUUUUGUAUGAAACAUUGAAUCAAAAAAAAAAAAAAAAUCUUAGAUUGUAUUUCUAGUGUUUUACUCCCUAGUGGAGUGUUUUUAAAUUUGGGUUUUUGUUAGGAUGUAGGGUUUUUUUUUUUUUUUGGAUCCUACUCUGUUUUUGUAACUUUUCUCUGGUGUGUUCGUGGAGAACACCUGCUGCCAGAGGACACUAGUACUGUGCCUUCUUCCACUGCCUUCCGCUCAGUCGCUCUUCCAACCCCACAUAGCUGUGUGUGGUCAGAGGAGAAAAUCUGGACAGCCGACUUGGCUGUGUUGAAAAAUGAACAGCAUGGAUGAGCUCAUCGUGCUGCUGACGGCAGUGCAAACAGGUGCCUAUUUCAGCUAGUGACUCAGUUAAUUAGUGACACCCUUAACUUUUACCACAGGUUAAUUUCAGAAUUGGAUCACCCUGGGCUAAAGUUUUGGCACCAACUUGGAAGGACAGCGAGCCUAUUCUGUUAAUACAACAACUUACAGUAGGAUCUAAGUAAUAAUACAAAUGCUAGACUAUUCUGUAUUGCAAUUUUAUUCAGCUGGGCUUUUACUACAUUUCUUUAGCUGCUGUAAUUUUAGGAAAAGUAUUCUUAAGGUUUUUAUAGGUACUCAGUUAAGUAUAAAUUGGUUUUUAAUUUUGGGGACUUUUUAAGAUGAAAAAGAUUGAUGAUGUUUAAAAAUUAUAGGAAAUGAUUUUCAUGAGAAACUUUCAAAGUAAGGUAGACAUGAUGGUGUUUUACAGUCCUCUAAAAUCAAGGUGCUCCUGCCCACUGACGGCAUACUCGGCUAAGGGCUGUGAACUCUCUUGGAAGUCCUCUCUAUGUAAGUUUACUUGCCACUAAAAACAGACUUUAUCAAGAAAGUUUACACAAAAUUGGGAGAUCAUGAAUAAGUAAUUCCAGUGGAGUGACCACUCUUAGAUCAAGAUUUAAUAGGAGCUGUGCAUCCAGUUAGAAUUUCAGAAGUGACUGUUCUGGGGAAAUACAGCUGCUAAUCUGCUUGUAUCAGGGAUGUAAAGUUAUAAAAUAGCCUGGAAAGAAAGCUUCAGGUAAUAGUAUGGAUUGGUUUUGACUAUCAAACCCUUUGUCACCCUUUUUUUCCCCUCAGCUAAAAGUAAUUUCAUGUUACAAACAAAGGUGAUUUUAAACAAAAACCUUUUCCCUAGUUUUAUGUUAAGAAACUUUUUUAUAUCUUUGGAGGUAAUAAAUUAUAACUGAUUUUAUUCAAGUUUAGACUACUUAAACCUAUAUGGCCCUGUAUGAUUACAGGAGUAAUGACUUGCUUUAAGUACGUAUAAUAAUUUGGAUUUAUACACUUGAUGAGAGAAUGUCUAGUCCUAAAACUCCCUUUCAAGUUUCAAGUACCUUUUGGCACUUCGAGUCUUGUUUACAUCAUUUAUUUAUAUAAAGUCGGUUAACCCUAACCCUGUAGGAAUAUAUGAUUGCUCACAACUUAAGAUUUGAUGCAGAGAGAUGCAAUACAAUUAAAUAUCCCACAUUUUUAGGAUUUAUUUUCCUUUAAACAUUCAAUAGAAGAACAUCUCUAUACUUUUAACCAGUCCCUCUCUCCAACUAAACAAGUGCUCUGUUCUUAUUGUGCCCUUAGCAGGUCUGUAUGUAAAAGAAAUCUGAAAUUUAGCUGUAGAAUAAAUUUGCUAAAUAAAAAGAACAUACUUGAGAAACACAUAAGGGAAAAACAUCUCCAAUUCGUUUGCUCUUUGUUGAAGAGAAGACACUAUCUGCUAUAAUCCCCAGUGCCUUGAACUCUUUUGGAGGAAUAAUAGCAUUUAUAAAAAACGAUCCAACAAGCAAACUUUGAGGUGCUAAUGAAAGAGAAGGAAGAUGAGUAUUUGUAGUUUGCGCGGGAAUAGAAAAAGUGUCUGUCUCACAAGAGAUGGCUUCAUCUAGCUGAAUAGGGUCUGGCCACUUUCUACCAAAGACAUUUAGAGAAGUGAGUCGAGUCAGGGUGAUGGUGAAUACUACGUAUUAAAAGAUAGCUAAGUUCAGAAGUGACCACAUUGAUCACGGAUGGCUAUUAAUACCAAGCUCAUUAUUGUUGAAGCCUCAACCUCUUCUUAGGCAGAACAUGCUUGCAGCACUUAAUGUCUUUGCAUUUUGGGAACUGUCCAUUGUUUGUUAGAUUUAUUGUAACCUAAUACCAAAAACUGCCAUUUUCAUGAUUCUUACUUCCUAUAUAUUUUUUCUCUACUUGUAAAUAAUCCCUCCUCGAAAAUAAGCAUUAACUGGAAUGUUUCAAAUGAUUUUGCUUAAUUUUGUCAUUAGCCACUAGUGAACUCCUUUUAUAGAAAUGUACAAUUAUGGUAUCAUUAGCUUGUGCUAAAUGUUGUAAAAACAUUGUUUACUGUUUCAAAGGAAAAUUGCACAUUAUAUUUAACGGGGAUUGCUCCUUUUCCCAUUUCUUUAAAAAAUGGAGUCAAGGCUUACACUGACAUCUAGGCUGUGGGAGCUUUGCCAUAAAUAAAUAGAUACAAUGUAGGAAUAUAGUUUUUUAAAGCAUGAAAAAGAAGGCAAAAGGAACUGCAUUAUAAAGUACCUGAUAAGAGGACAUUAUUCAAACAAUUAUGAUUAUGCACAGCUCGGUGAAAGUGAAGUUAACAAUUUUUCUUUAGGCUUUGUUGCUAUUUUCUUCUGCUUAAAUGUACGCUCUCAUUUCAUUAUGUGCCUUGCUCCCUGAUUGUGCAAACCUAUCCUAUAUAUAGAUAUAUAUAUAUGAGAGAGAUAUAUUCAGUACUACUGAAGAUGUUUUUUUUGUUCUACUGCUGGAUUAAGUUAUUUUCCAUAUUACUCCUACCAUAUUACUGUCAGUGAAAUAUUGUAAUGGCUUAGGACAGUAGUCAUACAGUCAGUGUAAAUUUGUUUUCAGUUAUGUGUUUUCAUUAUGUCAGCUUACCCAAUCCUUAAUAAAAAGAAUACAUAGAUUUCAUUUAA